GAAGACGUAGGGGGGGAAAAGGCAGAGGAAUGAGAAGACGAAGACGAGGGGGAAAACGCAGAGGAGGCCUCUGGCGUAGAGGUGGUGGCAGGCGUAGAGGUGGUGGCAGGCGUAGAGGUGGUGGCAGGCGUAGAGGAGGUGGCAGGCGUAGAGGAGGUGGCAGGCGUAGAGGAGGUGGCAGGCGUAGAGGUGGUGGCAGGCGUAGAGGAGGUUGGAGUUUUGGGGGAUUUGGCAGACGUAGAGGAGGUGGCAGACGUAGAGGAGGUUGGAGUUUUGGGGGAUUUGGUAGGAGAUCAAGAUGGGGUCGUAGUUAAGUUUUGGGAAAGCUGUGACUCAGGUGAAACAGAUUUGUUAGAACUUCAGCAGCUCCACAAACCCACCUUGACUGCAAAAAACUCCCUUGUUUUGAAACAAGUUUACUAUAUCAUUACUAUAUAGAGCAAGCAUAAUUUCCAAGUAAUUUCUCAUACUUUCUUUUAAAAAAUGUAAUUAAAAAAUAUAUAUAUAUCUUACUGUCCUCAGUAUUGACAGUAUUCAUGUCAUUGUACACAUCUCUUCAUGUCUAUUUAAUUUGAAUAAAGCUUCGCUAAGCAUCCAUUCUGGCCUGUGUGUCAGUCAUUUGGUAAACCAUGAACACAAGCAGAACAACCCAUAUCCAGAUCAACUUUUUCACUUCAGUAUAUUUAUUCACUGUGAACCGCAGUUGUAACGCUUCAUGUUCCUCUGAACACAAACUCUCAGUCCUGCAGUGUUUUUAGCUCAACUAGAUCCAGUCAAACAACACUGGAUCAUGCUGCCUACCAGCUGCUAAUAUAACUAGCUCUCCUCCUGCUGAUUUCAACACAGAUUUGUUGUGGCUCACUGAGACUAGAAUUAAAGCUUCAGAGCUGUCUGCCUCCACCCAAGGAGUCAAGAUAAAUAAUGGAAAGAACUUUUUUUUGCAGAAUAUUAUGAUGUCACAGUGACCUUGUGUCAAUGUCAUCAGUACAUCAUGUCAUCAUGUUAUUAGAUGUGUAUGUACUUUGUGCACAUAAUUCAUAAAAAUAAUUGUUGAGAAAUGGCCAAAAAUGUGUUUUGUGAUCAGAUUUGUGAAAUCUACAAAAAUCAUGAUGUGCCAUUUGCUGAGAUCUGUAUCAAACAAAACAUGUUUUCUUACAUCUGGUGAGCAACUAGGCUGGGGCAUCUACGCAGCACUACAGUACUUCAUUAUAAUGCCUUCUGUCACACAGUGCACCUUUAUAAAACAAACAAACAAAAAAAACGGAGCUUACGCAAUCUUGAUAUUGCAAUUUUUGAUAACGUUACAAUUCAUUGUGUAGCCCUUAAUGCAACUUAUUUUAUUAACACAUUUAUCUAAAUCUUUGUAAACAGGAAUUAAAGUGCAACUCAUUUUUGGCAAAUUAUAUCACCUGUGCUGUUGUUUGAAGUGUUUGACAACCAUACAUAAAUCACCCUCUAAUAUUAGUGGGCUAUUAUUAAAACCACUGACUGACAUAAAAAGUUUAAAUGUGCUGAAUAUGAACAGAACAACAACAGGCUUACUGACUUAUGUUUGAAUAACAAUAUAUGGCUACACAAUGUCACCACACAGCAGCCGUAUGUUGGAGUGAGAUGCUUAACUGCAGAAGUGAAGAUAACUUUUUUUCCACUAGCGAGCCAUCAGCUAAAGUCGGGGUUAGCCCACUUUGGGAUGUGCCCGGGCUACGUCAGUAACAGCUCCUCCUCCUUAGCAUUAAGCUUCCUUUAGAAUGACUGAUGUCAGACUGAUUUGGAAACCAGGUUACGCAAUGCAUUAUGGGUAAAAUAAGACACUUCACAACACAGAAAUAAUGGCAGCUGCAGCAGCAACACCAGCGGUGGAGGACUGACAUAUAUUAUAAACCUAGAUAUGUAAACAAAGAACAAAAGAUAGAAACGUUCAAAAUAAGAGAUGCUACAACUGGAAGCCCACAGAGAAGUUGGAGACACCUCAGGAAUGGUGCUGCAGAUAUAUGGUACUUUAGGCAGUAACCAUAAGAACGAUGCAAAUGUGAGCACUGAAUAAGCCAGCAGGGCCUCUCUAGGUUACGAGCCAGGGAUAAGUGACAACACAAAUGUCCAUCGACUGAAUCAGCGUGAUGUCGUGAUAACAACAAUACAAAACUGGCAGUGGAUUCACACUGGAGAGAUAUAUGAAAUCUGCAAAUUAUUUCUGUUGUCACUUUCAGCUGUAACUUUAUCAUUUAAAGAUACGUAGUCUCUUCUGUUCAUCACUUCUCAGAGACAUGUUCAAAUAUGGACAUCGGGCAGCUCUCAGGGUUUGGCCUCAGCCCGCCUCUUUACUAUAAAAAUGUCACCUCCCUCAGUGUGAAUUCACUGACACCUCACCUGCGCUGAGAGGGAAGCUGAGCCAUUUGCUUUUGUGCUACAUCGUUCUUCAUCACAGCAGAUGGCCGGCCGGUGCUGGAUGGCUGUAACACUCUGCCUGUUGCUGUUUGAUGGAAACAGUUUGGCAGAUGUGGACCAGAACCAACUAGCACCAAUUGUAGAUGAGAUCUUGAACAGGUACAUACCAAGCUACAAUGGUGGAAGAAGAAACCCAAUGUUCAGCCUGGCAGUAACCAUCCCAUACAACAAAGACACGAAGAUGUAUGACAUCAGUCAACUUGACGAUGGAGGCAGAGUCAGGAGGGAGAUUCUUAAUUGUGAAGUGUACACUGGCACAAGGGUGGUUGCAGCCACGGUUCUGAGAUGGCCUAAUGUUGUGGAUCAGUGUCCUGGUGGACGUGUGCAAUGGCCUGAUGUUCUGAGAAAAUGUCCAGGAGUUAACACAUGGGCUGAUGUUAAGAGCCAGUGUCCUAAUGAAGUUAAGGAGGGUAGAGCAGAUCAUGCAGAGUACCGUACUCUGCAGCACAUUAACACCUUGGUCAAUAAUCUUGAUAAAACUGAUUUGUUGCUUUUCUACGUUCUUGCUUCCCCAUGUGAUCAAAGAUGUACAAGCGAAUCAAGUAAUUGGAGCAUUCUUAAUAGCAUUAAAGCAAUUCAGAAAUGGCAUAACUACGCUGUUGUGUUUUCCAACAUAUUCCAGCCGCGUAAUGGUCAUGUCAUACCUGACCAGGAUCUACAGGGAGCCCUCCAGCGACUUGGGGGAUCAAUCGGUCUGAGCAACAUAUUCCGCUGCAAGCGACAAAGGGCUAUGCAGUGCACAAGCUGCUCUAGUGGUGGACAAGUUGCCCGCUACUGUUUUUCAGAAAAUUCACAACCUUCACUCACAAAACCUCAACAAGGAGUCUCCACAAAUGUUGGCAGUUACAGAGGAGCAGGUCCCAGUGGCAGAGGCAACAUCAGGAAAGUGGGAAAACAUAGUUGGAACACAGGAAUGUAGUGGAUGGGGUAAAGAUAGAAGGAGGCAGGAGGAAAAGGAGGAGGGAGGUUCUCAGGAUACUACGGGAUGAGCUUAAAAUCUUUAAAUCAAUAUAAACAUAUACUGCCAUAUGUCUUAAAUCAAAAGAACCAACAGUUGUUGAUAAUUCAGAAAAUCUUUUACUAUUUGGCUUUACCAUCAAAGACAAUGGAUGCACAGUUUAGACUGUAAAUGCAUAAUUCUUUCUUCUAAACUUGCAGAAGUACUUCAUGGAGCUCGUGCAAGCAUUUUUGUUGCUGCCAACAAAAAUGCUUGUUUUUGUUUUUGAGUGUAAAACCAAAUGUUCAUUUUCACCCUGACUUGUAGAUUGAGGAUGAUAAUUUUGUCUGAAACAGAGGAGAGAGGCAGGGUGGUUUCUACUGCCUGUGUAAAAGAGGAACAAUUUUCUACGGCAUGAGACAACACAGAAAAAACGCCUGAGUAAAUAUUUCUAAAUAUUGGUGCAGUGGCAAACCAAAAACUCAAAUUAAUUGAUUUUGCCGAUUUAUCGCCCAGCCCUAGCUCACAACAAUACACAAUGAGAGUACAGAUAGACAAAUCGAGAGGAGCCAGCUGAGGUGGCUAGGGAAUCUGUAUCGGAUGCCCCCUGGACGCCUCCAUCGGGAGGUGUUCCUGGCAUGCCCCACCGUGAGGAGACCCCAAGGAAGACCCAGGACAUGCUGGAGUGACUAUGUCACCCGGCUGGCCUGGGAACGCCUUGGGAUCCUCCCGGAGGUGCUAGAGGAAGUGUCCAGGGAGAGGAAAGUCUGGGUGUCACUGCUCAGACAGCUGGCCCCGCGACCCAGCCCCAGGUAAGCGGAAGAAAAUGGAUGGAUGGAUGGAUGGAUGGAUGGAGUACAGAUAGAGAAAGCAAGUAGAGAAUUUAGAAAGAAUAUCA